ACACCAUGUUUUCAACUCACUGGGACGAAUCUCAUUAUACCUCAUUUCUGCUAUGGGAUAUCGAACGGGAGUUUGAGAAUGCCCAUCAGGCGUACCAGCGAUGGUUGACCAAAACUCUCCGGAGGAAAACACCGUGGAGCUGCAUUGCCCGAAGCAACAAGGCGGAUCCACUGGAAAAAGCACUCAGUUUAGGAGUCCAUGUCACGAAAGCCAUCAAGGAUGGGAAGGAUGGACUGGGAUCAAGUUUCGAAAGAGGUGAUUCAACAUGCCACACCGUCCUCUCCGCCCAACUCAUCCGCCUCCAACACGAAGUCAACGUACCACUCCAAGAUUGCCUAGAAUCCCGCAUCUCAAUCUCCCACAUCUCCCUUCCCUACGACGACAUUCUCCGCGCAGCAAAAGGCAUCCGCCGUGCCUGUCUCAACGCCCUCCGCGACCAAGCCGCCCGUCUAACGUCCAGCCGCAACAGCCUCUGCCUCCCUCCCCCACGCUUCUCCGUAUCCUUCUGUCCCUACGCAAUCCAACUCCAAACCGACCACCGACAGCGCCACCGCAGCACCAUCAACGCCCGCAAAGUCCGCCCCAGCGACCCCCACGACGACCGCGAGCACUGUCCCGGCUGCAACGUGCACAUCGCCGUGUCAGCGCAUUCAGGGCUCCCAAGCUACCGCCGUCUCCUCUUCGCAUCGCACACCUCCCAACCCCCUACCCCCACCUCCUCCAAGACGGAAAACAGAGCAACUUUUGCAUGCUCGAGCUGCUACAAAACUUUCGACGAAUCCUACGUUUUCCUAGACCACAUUUUCCAGAAGGAAAUUGGAACCGAGAGGUCGUGUUUGAAACGGUGGAGCACAUCGAGCACAUCCACACGAUCCAGCUUGACGUCGAAGUCCACGGAUCACAGUGUAUUGGCUGUCGACAGCGAUCCUGCGCUUGUGGAGAAGUGUCUGAGGAAUUGUCUGCAGAGGGAGCUUACGAGAUCGAGGGCUAUGAAGAAGAGUAUCGAGUUGCUCAGGGACGCUGCGUUACCUCCUCUUCCGCCACCCAAGGACGAGGAAGGGGGAGGAAGAGGGGUGCUGAGAUAUUAUGAACAGCCUCAGCUCUUGCUGAAUCAACCGCAGGAUUCGGGGUUUUGGGGGAGUAAAUUGAGGAAACCGAUGAGGUUACAUCGGAGUAUUCCUUCGAAUUCGCCGUACUAACGCAACGACGAUAUGAUGAAUGGGGGUAUGACCAGUGAGGUGGGGGACGGCGAGUCAAUGAACUCAUCUAAUAAUGUCUAAUGUGAAGCUGGCGAUACUCCUUGUUCCCAGUCUGCUCUGUCAGAGGACGACACGAGAUACCCAACAUCCAAACCGAAGUCUGUGAUUGCAUCAUCUACUCAAAUGACGAACUCUCUCUAUAUAAAAUUCCCCGACCCUUAACCCUAACAACAUCCCCCAACCCCCAAAAAUCCAUGUGCAAAUCAUCCGCUCCACCCGACUCCCUUAUGCAUUCUCUCUCGUCACCGCCCUCCCUCACC